CUAAGUCAGAUAAUUGUAUGCUUUUAAUAUUUAUAAAUAAAUAAAAUAUCAUAAUACAUACAUUUUUCGUUAGACCAGCUAAUUCUAAACUAUCGCGACAGCUACAAAAAUAAUCGAAAUCAACGAUUGAAGGUAAACGAUCAGUCCUAUCGAUUGUGCGGUAUAUGUUUAUACAAAUGCAUAGCAAAUGGAUUUGUUUAUCAGGAAGGAGCUGACCCUAACCAGCAGCACCGGUCUGGAGGAUGUGGCGCCGAAGUGCCUUAAGCUGCUUACUUGGCUUCGUUCCUGCCAGGAGGAGAUGCGCUCCGAGCACCGCCACCUGCCGCUCAGCCAGUCCCUAACAGAAUCCCUGCUCAAGGCCUACCUGUACCUGUUUGAAUGCUACGAUCGCUUUGGGGAACCGCUGGCGGAUCGAUGCGAUUCCUAUGGCUUUUUCGCGGGGAGCUCCACUCCGGAGGAACGGAGGCAAUGCAUCCGGGAGCUGUGCACGGCCAUUGUAAACACCAAAAAAGGAGAGGCGCAUGCGCCGCUACUCCACCUGAUGCACCGGACCUUCGCUGAGAUUCAGCCUGCUUGGAGUGUUAUCCGUGAUCUGGACUGGUCUGAGAUCCGGCGAUCGGAGGCCCUGGCCAGCGGCGAUUUUGUCAGUCCCGAACUCCAGCAGAUGCGCCGCCUGGUGAAACGGAUUGGUCGCUUGUCCAGCCUACAGCACAUGGAAAUCGCCCUGCAGCGAGCCCUCAGGCUGGUGGGUUUUCAGGUGUGGCUGCACCUCUUUAGAGAAUCGAGGGACAGCGACAUUCACUUCGACUGCCACCUUCUGCGCCACAUGAUCUGCGACACUCUGACGGAGGGCGGAUCACCCGCCUGCUCCGGUUUCCUGCACAAUAUUUAUCUUUUCGUUUCGAAGCCGCCCAACGAGGUACGAUUCUGGGCCUGUCUGGAGCAUGUGCGUCUGGCUGGCAGUUUGAUUGCCUAUCUAAUCGGCCAAUGGAGCCGAAACCUGCCCUAUAUGAACCUGGAUGAGAUGCAAAUGAGCGCGGACGCUCCUGCGUUGGGUGCGGCGCAACUGCCCGUGGACGAGGCCACUUAUGUGACCCACCUGAUGUUGGCCACACAAUCCCCAUGUCGCCGACAGUUCGCCCACCAGCUACGCGCCCUCCUGUCCGCCAACACGUGGGCCCAGCUCCUGAAGCUGCUCAAUAAAGUGGCCUACGUUUUCAGUUAA